AAUUAUCUAAAUACUUACUCUUUCAAAUUUUGGCAUCAAAGGUCGGCCAAAGCACGCAAGCAAGGCUCUUGCCUCGACUUUAGAUAUUAAUUGUUUUGCAGUACAUUUUCGUUCAAGAAGAACACGGCGGAUUUCCAUCCGUACUCAGCAAACAUUCAUUCGGAUUGCAAAUAUUUCCAACUCACUGAACUCUCUCAGCUGUAGUUAAUCACCCUUCAGAUCUCCAAUUCGCUAAAGCACUUUUGCAAAACGUAAUUACAAGACAGUUUUUUUUGCUAUUCGCAAACGCUAUUUUCACCGCGAAGUAGGAGUACUCCGUCUGCAAUCUCUUGGGUCGUCAUCAAUGGCGGAUCGGCUGCGUAGUUUCUUUAAGGGUGAGGUCCUCACUUACGCCUAUCUUCUUCUCUACAUCGCGCUCUCCAGCGGCCAGAUCUUCUUCAACAAGAUAUGAAGGGAAACGAAAAGAAGCAGCUUUUCAAAGAAGCAUUCUAAUAAACUAGCUCGUACUCCCUAAUUGCUUUUCCAGUAGCAGUUGUUGUGGGCUUUUGUUCUCUAAAGCAUUGCUGUGCAUUAACAAAUGGAGAUAGAGAGACACAAAAAGUGGGUUUUGUCGUCCAAGGAAAUAAACUUCCCUUAUCCUCUUGGAUUGACUCUACUUCACAUGGUCUUCUCCUCUGUCUUGUGCUUUUUACUCACGAAAGUUUUUAAGAUUUUGAAGGUUGAGGAAGGAAUGACUGUAGAAAUAUACGUGACAUCGGUAAUACCAAUAAGUGCAAUGUUUGCAAUGACUCUUUGGCUGGGAAAUACUGCCUACAUGUAUAUUUCUGUUGCAUUUGCACAAAUGUUGAAAGCAAUCAUGCCGGUAGCUGUUUUCAUUCUUGGAGUAGCAGCAGGACUUGAGGUAAUGAGCGGCAGAAUGCUGUUGAUCAUGUCAGUGAUAAGCUUUGGUGUUCUUGUGGCUUCUUACGGUGAAAUAAAUAUCAGCUGGAUUGGAGUAGUUUAUCAGAUGGGAGGAGUUGUUGGGGAAGCUUUAAGACUUAUUUUUAUGGAGAUUUUUGUUAAAAGGAAGGGUCUCAAAUUAAACCCAAUAUCUCUCAUGUACUAUGUUAGCCCGUGCAGUGCUGUUUGCCUAUUCAUUCCAUGGAUCUUUUUGGAGAAAUCAAAGAUGGAAGAAAAUAGCUCAUGGAACUUUCCCCUGCUUGUGCUAACACUCAACUCUCUGUGUACUUUUGCCCUCAACUUAUCAGUUUUCCUUGUGAUCACUCAUACAAGUGCCUUGACCAUUCGCGUUGCGGGAGUUGUCAAGGAUUGGGUGGUUGUCUUAUUGUCUGCCAUUAUUUUUGCUGAUACAAAGCUCACUCCUAUAAAUCUGGUCGGUUAUGCCAUUGCCAUAGCCGGUGUAGCGGCAUAUAAUAAUCACAAGUUAAGAAAGGAAGUCUCUAAAAGCAACACUGACGAACCUGAAAGUUCUCAACCUAUACUAACGGCUGCACCAUCAAAUUCGGACAAGUAGAGAUGUCACAGAAGCAUUCAGACUAGUUAUUUUUGAGUGGCCGUUGCAAUUUACAUAUAGCUGGAUGGAACUCUAUGCAUUGUUUGAGAUUACGGUUUGUAGAAGCCUCGGUGGUUAAGUGCUUCCCUGUUUGUUAUCAUCGUUGCAGUUGCUCCUGUGGCGGUGUAAAUUUUGUGACGGUUUGAAGCAGAACUGCGAUUCAAAGUAUAAAGAUGAGAAAUUCACACAAUUGUAACAUCAUCACAGUGCUAGGCAUUUACUGUGGGCAUUUCAAAAGUUGAUGUACUUGUGCUAAUCAUAGAUGAUUUGUUUGCAAAGCAAGUGCCAUUGUCACUGUCAUAGAAACUCUUUGUUCAUAAAUUUCCCGAUAAUUCUUUAUAGCUCA